AUGAUCGCCGCCUCCGGCCGCCUCCGCGCCCGCGGCGAGCCCCCGGUGCGCUCGGUGCCUUUGAGCAGCGUCCCCGCGGGCACGCUGACGCCGCUGAAGGAGCUCCUGCAGGCCCAGGGCGCUGUCCCGGCCGGGCAGGGCCCGCCGCCCGCGGGGCCGUGGCGGGGGGCGCGGGAUGUCCCGCACGGCCGGGCCGGGCCCGCGGCAGAGCGGCCGCCGAAGCGCCGCGCCCCGGAGCCGCCCGGGCAGGAGACGCCGGCCAAGAUCUUCCAGCGGAUGAAGGAGCGGGCGGAGCGGCAGCGGGGCCGCGGGGGCGGCACCGACGGGAUCCUGACCCGCGGCACCGGGCAGGGCCGCGCCGGCCCCGACGGGAUCUUCCCGACCCCCGGCACGGGGCAGGGUCGGGGCACCAUCGACGUAAUCCUGACCCCCGGCACCGGGCAGAGCCAGGGCACCAACACCAACAGGAUCCUGACCCGCGGCACCGGGCAGGGCCAGGGCACCGACGGGAUCCUGACCCCCGGCACUGAGCAGGGCCGCACCAGGCACAGCCGUGCCACCGAAGAGAUCCUCCUGACCCCCAGCACUGGGCAGAACCAGGGCACCGACGGGAUCCUGACCUCCAGCACCGGGCAGGGCCGGGGCACCAUCGACGUAAUCCUGACCCCCGGCACCGGGCAGAGCCAGGGCACCAACGGGACCCUGACCCGCGGCACCGGGCAGAGCCAGGGCACCAACGGGACCCUGACCCGCGGCACCGGGCAGAGCCAGGGCACCGACAGGAUCCUGACCCGCGGCACCGGGCAGAGCCAGGGCACCAACAGGAUCCUGACCCGCGGCACCGGGCAGAGCCAGGGCACCGACAGGAUCCUGACCCGCAGCACCGGGCAGAGCCAGGGCACCGACAGGAUCCUGACCCGCAGCACCGGGCAGAGCCGUGCCACCGACGUGAUCCUGACCCCCGGCACCGGGCAGGGCCGGGGCACCGCCCGGCCAGGACAUGGGUCAGUGUUCCCACGGGUCCCUCAGGCCCCACCUGCCACAGAGCCCCCUGUGCUGGAGACCCCCCAGAAGUUCUUCCUGCGCAUAAAGGAGAAACUGCAGCAGCAGCAGCAGCACAAAGAUCCAACACCUUCAAACCCCAUCCAGCAGAACAUCCCUCCUUCCACAGCCACGGAGAAGCCUUUAGUCAGAGCUGCCUGUGCUGAGCAGCCCAGGACUGAGCCUCCUGAGGAAGUGGACACCAACAAGGAGGAUGAUGUGGACAUUUUCCUUGUGGAACCCAUAGAUGCCGAGGGUGAAAUGUCUCAGAGUGCAGGCACUAGUUUUCUGAAUGUAAAUUCCACCCCUUCGAAAAACGAGGAUCAGAAAAGCAUCUGCCUGAGCAGCUGGAGGAUUAAAGUGAUGGAUGGCAACACGGCGAUUUCUCUGGAGGGCAAACGGCAGGACAUGAAGGGCCUGCUGUGGCACAGCAAUGCCAUCACCGAGCGCGUGGCCCACAACCAGCUGAGGACGUCCUCGGGCAGCCUCUACCUCCUGCAGGGCAAGAUCGACUCUGCCACCAUGAGGAGAGAGGGGUUUCCCUACCGCUUCAUCAAACGAUUCACGUUUGGCUUUUCCAGGAGGUGGAAGGAGUAUGUCCAGGAGUUCCUCGAGGAAAGGAGGAGGAAAGAGCGAAAACAAAACAGUGGUGUGGAUGAAGAUGAAGAGAGUGACACUGUGGUGGAAGGUGAUGUGCUGGAAACUGCAGAAGGCUCAAAGAAGAAACCUGGAAUGAAGAACACCACCUAUGAAAUAUUGCCAAGGAAUGAUGAAAACACUUACACCACCCCAAGGCACAGCUCCCAGGGGAACGACUCGAGCAGGGUUUACACUCGCAGCGGGAGACAGGUCAGACCCCCCAUGAACUUCUGGUGUGGGCAACGAGCCUUUGUGGAUCAGAACCUGAAUGUCACCCUGGAAGAGGGUGGAGUGGAUUAUCUCAGCCUGAUGCUUAGUAGUGAAAAAUCCCACAAAAAGACCAGUUUCAUCUCUAAGAAGAACAAACCAAAGGAAGUCAUGAAGACAACAGAGGAAAUGCCAAAAAGCCAAAAUAAAGGUAAAAGCAGGGAGAGAGGAGCCAGCUCCAAAGGGGAACCCAAGCCUGCUGGAAGCAGGGAGAAGGGAGCCAGCUCCAAAGGGGAACCCAAGCCUGCUGGAAGCAGGGAGAAGGGAGCCAGCUCCAAAGGGGAACCCAAGCCUGCUGGAAGCAGGGAGAAGGGAGCCAGCUCCAAAGGGGAACCCAAGCCUGCUGGAAGCAGGGAGGCCCGGCGCUUCCUGUUGGAGGAGGAGGAGAGUGACCCUGCAACCAGGGGCACAAAAACCAAAUCCCAGCCUCCUGCCAGGGUGCCUUCCUCAAACAGCAAAGUGCCAAACAGACACAGCACCAGAAUCCUGGGAAUGGCAAAGGAGAAGCGAGGAGCAGACGCUGCAGAGCUGCCCAUGUACGAGCAGACUUCCAAAUACUCCCUGAGGUCAGCCAGGAAGCCUUUCCCAGACAAGCACUUCACCGAGGAAUCCUCAGGCAAGGAUGGGGGAGAGGGAUCCAGCGAUGAUGAUACCCCGCUGCUGAUCAGAAGGAAAAAUAAAUCUGUGUUAAAACCGGGGCCUCCAACCUGCAGAUCUCGCUCUGACUCUGACAGAUCCCAGGAUGGUGCAAACAGGGCGUGGGGAGAGCCAAGGGCAGGAAAAGCCUCCCGGAAUGUGCCAGUGAGGCUCAGUGGGACCAGUGACGAGUCUGAGCUCACCACCGAAGGAAACACUCCUGCCAGUGGGCCCAGAGACUCCCUCCUGCCUGGGGAGGCCGUGAGGACACGGAGCAGAACCAACCCCCCCAGGCACUGGCUGGAUUUCGACAGCGAGCCCGAAACCAGCAAGGAGGAACUUCCCACAAAAGACAGGAAUGCAAAAGUACCUGGUAAAAAACCAGGGGCUGGAGUUCCCAGCACUGCCAAGUCUGCAGCAGCCAGAUCGAGAGAGCCUGAGAGGGCAAAGCAGCAGAAACCUCUGGAGCUUUUUCCCAGGGCAGCUGAUGGUUGGUCUGAGAAGGAAUUACAGAAGCUUUACAGGGCCAUCGCGGCGCUGCCCAAGCACCGCAGCGGCUUCUGGCAGGAGGUGGCCAUGGCCGUGGGGACACGCUCUGCCGAGGAGUGUCACAGCAAGUACCUGCAGGAGCAAGAGGCCAAGGGCUCCAAACCACAGGCCAGGAAGGCCAAGGCAGGAAAACCCGAGCAGAAAGAUAAGAAGGAGCUGGUGAUAAGUGCCAGGGUGGGAACCCUCAAACGGAAGCAGCAGAUGAGGGAGUUCCUGGAGCACCUGCCCAAGGACAACCACGACGACGUGUUCACCACGACACCCUUCCAGAACAGGAGAGUCAAGCUGCCGCCGCUCCGGAACGACGACCCCGAGGACUUUUCCCUGGGGGAGCUCUCGCUCAGCCCCAGCUCAGCCGUGUUCCCGCUGGCCAAAACCCCCCAGUGCGAGCACAUCAGCCCGGGAAUGCUGGCCCCCGUCAACAGGAAGGAGCUGGACAGACACGUGUUCCGGAUGCAGAAGCACACGCAGGGCAGCAGGGGCACCUGGGACAAGGUCCAGAAGAAGUCGGCCGGAGCCGUGCUGGGGACACCUUCCCGCAGGGCCAAGGUCAGCCUGGAGACCAACGUGGCAAAGGACUCUCUGGUGGGGAAGCUCUUCAGGGCUCAGACACCAAACUCCUCAGAGGAGGAAGAGGAAGACCAGGAUUCCUAUUUCUCCAUGUGAUGAAUUUUGUGGAUCUGUUGGCUCAGCACUUGGGUGCCUCAUUCCGAGUCUGUGGUUCAGCCACCCCUCCUGGAGGGAAGGGCUGGAAUUGCAAGAUCCAUUUGGAAAAUCUUCCCCGAUCUGUUUUUUAUGUAUUUUAACCCCAUUCCCAUCUUGCUGGCACUGUUUGGCUUUUCCAUGUGUACAUAGUGGCCCUUCCUUGCCCAGCUCCUCCUCUCCUGUUUCUCCUCCUGUUGCCUUUUUCUCCUGGGAAGGAGAAAUGUACAGGGGUGCCAGUGACUGGCAAGAUCAUUUUAAGAUAAAAUAUCUCUUGGGAUAUGAAUGUACAAUAAAUUCAGGUAAAAUCUGGAAGUAA